UCUGUUGGCGCCUGGCAGUUGCUGCGUUCAUUCGUUAAUUCAAGAAUGGAGCCUAUUCUUUGCGCAGCGUCGGUCACCGGUGCGGCAGCCAUUUUGCCGUGGCUUGCUUAUGAAAUUUUAAGGAGUGAGAUACAUCCCGCAAAAUUGCUGCAAUCUCGUACGUUUAUAACUUAGGCUUGAAGUACAUCCUUUGAAAAUGUACCUAUACAAUUUGACUCUCCAAGGCUCUACAGCCAUUACGCAUGCUGUGCAUGGUAAUUUUUCUGGUACCAAACAACAAGAAAUAGUAAUAUCACGUGGGAAAACUAUAGAACUGCUUCGACCGGAUCCUAACACAGGAAAAGUGCAUACAUUGUUGAAAGUGGAAAUAUUUGGUAUAAUACGAUCUAUGAUGUCAUUUCGGCUCACCGGAGGAACUAAAGAUUAUAUCGUGAUUGGUUCAGAUUCUGGAAGAAUAGUUAUUCUUGAAUAUAUAGCAAAUAAGAACAUUCUAGAGAAGGUACAUCAAGAAACAUUUGGCAAGUCUGGUUGCAGACGAAUUGUUCCAGGUCAAUAUUUGGCUAUUGAUCCUAAAGGCAGAGCAGUGAUGAUUGGUGCAAUUGAAAAGCAAAAGUUGGUGUAUAUUCUAAACAGAGACGCAGAAGCUAGAUUGACAAUUUCAUCACCGCUAGAGGCCCACAAAUCUAACACAUUGGUCUACCACAUGGUUGGUGUUGAUGUUGGUUUUGAAAACCCAAUGUUUGCAUGUUUGGAGAUUGAUUAUGAAGAGGCUGAUUCUGAUCCUAGUGGUGAAGCUGCUCAAAAGACUCAACAGACAUUAACAUUUUACGAGUUGGAUUUGGGUUUGAACCAUGUAGUAAGAAAAUAUUCGGAACCUUUAGAAGAGCAUGCAAACUUUCUCAUAACAGUGCCCGGUGGUAAUGAUGGACCUUCCGGAGUACUUAUAUGUUCAGAAAACUAUCUCACAUAUAAAAACUUAGGUGAUCAACAUGACAUCCGUUGUCCUAUUCCGAGGAGACGGAAUGAUUUAGAUGAUCCUGAAAGAGGAAUGAUAUUUGUAUGUUCUGCAACACACAAAACCAAGUCCAUGUUUUUCUUUUUGGCACAAACGGAACAGGGAGACAUAUUUAAAAUUACAAUAGAAACUGAUGAAGACAUGGUAACUGAAAUAAAACUCAAAUACUUUGAUACUGUACCAGUUGCAGCAUCCAUGUGUGUAUUGAAAACUGGAUUUCUAUUUGUUGCCUGUGAAUUUGGGAACCACUACCUGUACCAAAUUGCACAUUUGGGAGAUGAAGAUGAUGAACCAGAAUUCAGCUCUGCGAUGCCUUUAGAAGAAGGAGAUACAUUCUUCUUUGCUCCAAGACCUCUAAGGAAUUUAGUUUUAGUUGACGAAUUGGACUCGCUAUCACCUAUUUUAGCAUGUCGCGUAGCUGAUUUGACUGGUGAAGAUACACCUCAAGUAUACUUGGCUUGUGGGCGAGGUCCUCGAUCUUCUUUGAGAGCUUUAAGACAUGGUUUGGAAGUUGCGGAAAUGGCUGUCUCUGAACUGCCAGGUUCUCCCAAUGCUGUAUGGACUGUCAGACGACACAAAGAUGAGGAAUAUGACUCUUACAUCAUUGUGUCGUUCGUAAACGCUACUCUUGUGCUGUCGAUUGGAGAAACUGUUGAAGAAGUGACGGACUCUGGUUUCUUGGGAACUACACCGACCCUGAGCUGUCACGCGCUGGGAAGUGACGCCCUCGUGCAAGUAUACCCUGACGGUAUACGACAUAUAAGAGCCGACAAGCGUGUCAAUGAAUGGAAAGCCCCGGGCAAGAAAUCUAUCGUCAAAUGUGCUGUAAAUCAAAGACAAGUUGUGAUUGCCCUCACUGGUGGAGAACUUGUGUACUUUGAGAUGGAUCCUACUGGGCAGUUAAAUGAAUAUACAGAAAGAAAAAAAUUAUCAUCAGAUGUAUCAUGUAUGGCGCUUGGAUCUGUAGCAACUGGAGAACAGCGGGCCUGGUUUUUAGCUGUUGGAUUAAAUGAUAACACUGUUAGGAUCAUUUCUUUAGACCCAUCGGAUUGUUUAGCACCUCGCUCUAUGCAAGCUCUGCCGGCUGGUGCAGAAUCCCUUUGCAUUGUUGAGCAGCCAUUCGAAUCUGGUGCUAAAUCUGCUCUGCAUCUUAAUAUAGGAUUAAGCAAUGGCGUACUUUUGAGAACUACCUUAGACUCUGUUAGUGGCGACCUAGCUGACACCAGGACUAGAUAUUUAGGUUCAAGACCGGUGAAGCUAUUCAAAGUGAGAGUGCACGGUGCGGAGGCAGUUUUAGCUGUGUCUUCUAGGACUUGGUUAGGAUACCAUUAUCAAAAUCGUUUCCAUUUAACACCUCUAUCAUAUGAAUGCUUGGAAUAUGCAGCCGGAUUUAGUUCAGAACAAUGCGCGGAAGGUAUUGUCGCCAUUUCAUCAAAUACAUUAAGAAUUCUUGCUUUGGAAAAGUUGGGUGCCGUAUUCAACCAGACUUACUUGCCAUUAGAUUAUACACCUCGGAAGUUUGUUGUUAACUCUGACAGCAAUCACAUUAUUGUAUUGGAGACUGAUCAUAAUGCUUACACUGAAGAAAUGAAAAAGCAAAGAAGAGUUCAAAUGGCACAGGAGAUGAGAGAAGCAGCAGCGGGUGGAGGUCCGGAGGAACAACAGUUAGCUAACGAAAUGGCAGACGCUUUUCUUUCUGAUAUACUACCAGAAAAUGUAUUCUCAUCACCAAAAGCCGGUGCAGGUAUGUGGGCGUCUCAGAUCCGUGUAAUAGACAUGGGAGUGAGCGGAGGUCAGCCGGGCACAGUGUACAAGUUGCCACUAGAACAGAACGAGGCGGCAGUGUCUAUGUGCAUCGUGCACUGGACGGCGCAGGCGCAUCUCGGUGUACCGCAUCUGGUCGUCGGCGUCGCCAAGGAUAUGAUACUCUCCCCCAGAUCUUGUACAGAGGGCAGCUUGCAUGUCUACAAGAUAUUCUCCAAUUCUGGCAAACUGGAGCUGGUUCAUAAAACACCUAUUGAUGACUAUCCUGGAGCGUUGGCCGCAUUCAAUGGUAAACUGAUGGCGGGUGUGGGCCGCAUGUUGAGGAUGUACGACAUCGGCCGCAGGAAACUGUUGCGUAAAUGUGAAAAUCGACACAUUCCAAAUCUGAUUGCCGAUAUUAAAACUAUAGGCCAGAGAAUUUUUGUCUCUGAUGUACAGGAAUCUGUAUUCUGUGUUAAAUAUAAGAAGAGAGAGAAUCAAUUGAUUAUUUUCGCCGAUGACACAAAUCCAAGAUGGAUAACAAACACUUGUGUACUAGAUUAUGACACAGUUGCCAUGUCUGACAAGUUUGGCAAUGUGUGUGUCAUGAGACUACCGCAUUCAGUGAGCGAUGAUGUAGAUGAAGACCCCACCGGAAACAAGGCUUUGUGGGAUAGAGGUUUAUUAAAUGGAGCAUCACAAAAGGGAGAAAUAGUUGUGAAUUUCCAUGUGGGAGAGACUGUGACGUCACUGCAAAGAGCUACAUUGAUACCGGGAGGUUCUGAGGCGUUGCUGUAUGCCACCAUCAGCGGGGCGCUCGGAGUGCUGCUGCCCUUCACCUCCAGGGAGGACCACGACUUCUUCCAGCACCUGGAGAUGCACAUGCGCAGUGAAAACUCACCAUUAUGUGGCCGCGAUCAUCUGUCAUUUAGAAGUUACUAUUAUCCAGUGAAGAACGUAAUUGAUGGUGAUCUGUGUGAACAGUUCAACUCUCUGGAGCCGGCCAAGCAAAAGGCGAUAGCGGGCGACCUCGAGCGCACGCCCGCUGAGGUCUCCAAAAAACUUGAAGACAUUAGAACCAGAUACGCAUUCUAAAUUGAUUCUCUCUUGAUAGUAUUAAGUAAUAAAUAAGUA